AUGAGUUCACACAUCCAGAAUGAAGCCGGGGCUUCAGCACCAGCGGCACAGGCUUCAAUAGAAGCACUGCCAAUUGUUAAAAUUAUAGAAGAGGAAAGUGAAUGUGCAAUUUGCUUGUUGGAGUUUCAAGUUGAGGAGAAAGCUAAAAAGAUGCCAUGUAAACAUCAUUAUCAUUCGAAUUGCAUUAACCGGUGGUUGGAGAUACACGGUUCCUGUCCUGUUUGCAGGUACAAGAUGCCUGUGGCUGCCGGAACAAGACAUACCCUGAUAGAGAGUAUUACAAGUGUUGGUGGUAGUAUUAAUGAGUCGGAUGAACAAACAGAUAUAUACACUGAGAGCAUCUUAGGUUGUGUUUUUUAUUCUGUUUAUGUUGGUUCACUGUUUAUGCUAUCUAGUUAA